UGUGACUGAUUGUGACAAGAUACGAAAUUUACAGGUUAGAAUGAAUGUUUCCAAUAGUUGAAGUAUUUGUACACCGGAUUUUAUUGCACUGAAUAGCGAAAAUGGAUUACCAAGAGGAACAGAACAAUGAAAUCGAGGCUCUCGAUUCCAUUUACUGCGGAGAUAUGUCAAUCAUCUCUUCUAGUCCCGUACACAAGUUCUCCAUACCCAUAAAAUCAGAAGAAUUCGACUCAGAAACUGAAGACGGUGGUUUAAUGUGUAAUCUGGUUUUCACAUACACACCUAAAUACCCUGAAGAAGCACCAGAAAUAGAAGUUGAGGACACAGUGAACUUUGAGAAUGAUUUUGAAUCUGGUUUAAUAGAGCAUUUAAAAGAACAGGUCACUGAAAAUUUAGGUAUGGUUAUGGUAUUUACACUAGUUUCUACAGCCCAAGAAUGGCUGAAUGUUAAAUGGGAUGAACAUAAGAAGUAUGUGGAAGAGGAGAAGUAUAGAAAAGAGAAAGAGGAGGAGGAAGCUGAGAGACAAAGAUUUGAAGGUACACGAGUCACUGUGGAGACUUUCAUGAAAUGGAAGAUGCAAUUCGAAAUUGAGAUGGGAAUUGCUAAGAAGAGGGAGACUGUGGAAAAGGAUUCAAAGAAAUUAACAGGCAGAGAGUUGUUCUUGCAAGACAUUACUCUCAACGAGUCUGAUUUGAAAUUCUUGGAUGAAGGUGAUUCUGUUAAAGUCGAUGAAUCGUUGUUCCAAGAUCUCGAUGAUUUGGAGCUGGAUGAGAUAGAUUCAGGUGAAGAUAGUGAUGAGGAUUAUGUGCCGAGCGAUGAAGUGAGCGAUUAGGAGCUUCGAUUUUUGUACACGAUUUAUUUUUUAAUCCAACAAAGUAUAUUAUUUAAAAA